CCAGGGGGCGUGCACGUUGAGAGUCGGUCUUUUCACACCAGCAGGGACACUGUGCACCCACGGAGAGAGAUUCACCAUGGCCUCAGCACUGCAUUGCACAUCCUUUAUGUUGUGUUUUAUUUAUUUUUCGUUACUGUUUGUCAGUGUAUUUUGCGACGCUGAUGCAGAAGAAGAUGAGCAUGCCAAGCACACGUACACGGUGGAGAUGUUCAACGAGGCGGUGCCCACUGCACCCCACUUUGUCAUGUUUUACGCCCCAUGGUGCGGCCAUUGCCAGAGGUUACAGCCAGUAUGGAAUGAACUGGCAGACAAAUACAACAGCAUGGACGAGCCCCCUGUGUAUGUGGUAAAAGUAGACUGCGUCCCGGACACCAAGUUCUGCUCCAAUGUCCACGGGGUUAGGGGUUACCCCACGCUGAAGUUGUUUAAGCCAGACCAGGAGGCAGUUAAGUACCAAGGAGCCAGAGAUCUACAGUCUCUGGAGACCUGGAUGCUGAAGACACUCCAGGAGGAGCCUUCAGAACCAGAGAGUGAACAGGAGCCUCCUAAAGCCCCCGAGCCCAAACAGGGCAUGUAUGAACUCACUGCUCUCAACUUUAAGACCCACAUAGCCAAAGGUGGCCAUUUUGUGAAGUUCUUUGCCCCAUGGUGUGGUCACUGCAAAGCCAUGGCCCCAACCUGGGAGCAGCUGGCCACCACCUUUGAGCACUCUGAUGACGUCAAGAUAGGAAAGGUGGACUGCACACAGCACUAUGAGGCGUGCUCUGAGAAUGGUGUCCGUGGAUAUCCCACGCUGCUCUUCUUCUACAACGGACAGAAGACUGAUCAGUACAAAGGAAAAAGAGACCUGGACUCCUUCAAAGACUUUGUAGACAACCAGCUGAAGGCUGCCGUCGCGCAGGAGCAAGUACAGGAACCGAGUGAGGAACAAAAAGCCAACGAGAUCCCCACUGAUGAGCCAGCCAAAGAGGAGUCCAGUGUGUUGGACCUCACGGAGAACAACUUUGACGAGAAAGUGGCCAAGGGCUUCACCUUCAUCAAAUUCUACGCUCCAUGGUGUGGCCACUGUAAGAACCUCGCUCCAACAUGGGAGGACCUUUCCAAAAAGGAGUUUUCUGGCCUCACUGACGUCAAGAUAGCCAAAGUGGACUGCACUGUUGAACGCACACUCUGCAACAAGUACUCUGUUCGAGGUUACCCCACCUUGAUCAUGUUCAGGGCGGGGGAGCAGGGUGACGAGCAUCAUGGCGGCCGGGACCUGGAGAGCCUGCACAGCUUUGUGAUGAGGCAGGCGAGAGACGAGUUGUAGAAACAGCCAAAUCAGCACUCCACUCUCCACCACUCUGCUCGUCCACACUGCAUAUCUGGCCAGUAGGACACCACUCUCUCUCCCACAGUAGCCAAACCUCUCUAUCUUUCUCUCCACUCGGGUUCUCUUCAGAAAGGAGUCCGCAAUGACAGACUGCAGUCUGUUCUUUCUCCUGUGUUCAAGGACAGAAUGAUUCAGUAGAGUGUUUGGGAUGUGAAUGUUUCUCAUUGCUGUUGCCAAACCUUAAACUCCCAAUAUGGAGAAUACUAUCGUAUUGGUUGGCUCUGUAAAUUAAGUAAUAUGUUGGACAACCACUUUGCAAGCACUGCUAAGUCAAUCAGAACCAUAAUUCCUCGCACAGAUAAAAUGUAUUUGAUUUAAGAUGGUAGCACUAAAGGACAGUUUCUGCCUGUUAUAGAAAACCAAUUGUUUCUGAUGAACUUCUGUUGCCAUUUUACUUUUUUUAAAUGCUACAUUUUUUACAUGGGAUCUGUUGUUAAAU